CACCGCGCGCCGAGGACCAUGCCGCCCCCGGGCCGGGCGCCGCCGCUCGGGCUCCUGCUGGCGCUGACUGCGCUCCGGUGCCCAGUGACAGAGAGUCGAGGGAUUGUGGAUAGCCUGCAGAAGUUCUCCUCGCUCCCGGCUUACCUCCCCUCAAGCUUGCACAUCUCCAACGCAGAGGAGUCCUUCUUCCUCAAAGAAGCCAACCAAGAUCUCACGAGGAAUGCCAGUCUGCAGGCCCGGGUGGAGCCAUUCUUCAUCUACCGAGCCAGGACACCCCCUAUUAUCAAUGCCAGCUAUGGCCCGUUUUCCGUGGAGAAGAUGAUCCCCCAGGAGCUCUUGUUGACAUCCACAGCCUUUGGAAACAUGGACAAGUUUCCCUUCAACUGGAAGUUGAAAUCCCACAUCCUUGACAGCUCCAUCUACUCCAACAGACCCAAAGUGCAGACCUUGUUUUAUGUCACUGGCAUGGGCUGGGAUGACAGCGAUCUUACUGAAGAUCUACCCUGUGUCAAGAUGUUUGCUUUCCCUGAGGCCAGGGAAGUGGCAGCCAGCUGUCGGCUGCAGGGUGCCCCGGGGCUGUGUGUGGCUGAGCUGGAGCUGCUGCCCGAGUGGUUCAGCUCAGGCCUGGACCUGGAGCCAGAGGAGGAGAUCCCAGCCCUGCUGGGGGGAACUGCGAUGGAGCUCUUCUUCACGCUUUACCCAGCCGAUAAGGCUGGCCAGUGUCCUCUGGAGGAGGAAGGCAAGUGGGAGAACAACAUCCACGCGGGCCUGGAGAGCCCCCAGCAAGCAUUUCCAGCCCGAGAGAGGAUUGGGAGUGUGGUUGUCUACCCAACCCAAGAUGAUCUGAAGUGGUCCCUGGUGAGCUUGGAUGAGAACGUCGUCAUCUCGGUACCCCUGAAUCUGGUCCGGGAAGGGGACACGGCCACCUUUUUGGUCUCUCUGACCAGUAGCUCUGUGGCAGACCAGUUCACUCUUAGAAUUAAGGCGGCAGCAGGUGUGAAGAUAAUGGCAGUGAGAGUCAGCAGUGAGGACCAAUGGGCAGUUCAGGAAGAAAUUGAUAAUGGCGACACCCAGACGUCGGCCACCCUCACCUGCAUGGGCCAUCGCCCGGACAUGCAGAGCAGAGUCAAUGGAUCCUUCUAUGAGAUCUUGCAAGUAGACUUUGGAAUUGAUAACAGCAGUGACCUGGCUGGGGCCCAGCAGAUUACCUGGCAGGUGGAGUACCCGAUUGAGGACUCCAUGAGUGAGCUGGUCGUCUCCGAGAUCUUCGUCAGCCAGACAACCUUUGUGGGCAUCGUCCCUCUUGCCAUGGUGAGAAACAGGGGGCUUCAGAAAAACCUGGAGGUGAUUGGACAUCUUACCAUGAGCUUGGCUGAAGUUAUGUUCACAGUCAAGCUCAGGAACCGCAUCUGA